UUUCAAGUUUAGUAUUUAAUUAAUUGAUUUUUAAAUAAUUGUACUAUGUACUGGGUUACUUAUUACUGGAAUGUUAGAGUCAGCUAAUGGGGCAGUGUUUUCAAGAAAAAUGGCAUCAGAACCGGUCAAUGUGAAUGAGUUCCAGGAACUGGCAAGGCGAGCUGUUCCGAAGAUGUACUUUGACUUCUACAAUGGGGGAGCUGAGGACCAACACACGCUAAGAGAGAACAUGGAAGCGUUCCGUAGAAUCACUUUUCAGCCAAGAGUUCUUGUAGAUGUGAGCAGAAUAGAUAUGUCAACCACUAUAUUGGGCUACCCAACUUCGGCACCAAUCAUGAUCGCUCCAACUGGAUUGCAUAAGUUGGCUCGUGCUGAAGGAGAGGUUGCAACAGCCAGAGCAGCUGCUGCAUGUAACACCAUCAUGGCAAUGUCCUUUUCAGCUGACUGCACCGUGGAGGAGGUUGCUUCCAGUUGCAAUGCCAUUCGCUUUUUUCAAACAUAUGUAUAUAAAAGAAGGGAUGUAACAGCUGUGUUAGUGCAAAGAGCCGAAAGAAAUGGGUUCAAGGCUAUUAUGCUUACUGUUGAUACCCCUAGGCUUGGUCGAAGGGAAGCAGACAUUAAAAACAAAAUGAUUGCGCCUCAGCAGAAGAACUUAGAAGGUCUCUUGUCAACUGAAGCAGUUUCGGAUAACGGCUCAAAGCUUGCAGCUUUUGCAGCAGAGACGCUUGAUCCUUCUCUGUGUUGGAAGUCUGUUAAUAGGGGUCUGGGAGGGGUGGACUGUAUACAGACCAAACCUCUGACCAUUAUGUACAUAGUGGCUGCCCUCUAA